AUUGGAAAAUCAAACCACAGACUUUACGUUGCCAGCCAUGGAAUAGUCUUGGCUUGUGAAACCACGCGGUAUAUAAAGCAUUCGCAGCUCUGGUCUUCAGUCAUCUAGUCAUCGCAAUAGCCUCAACAACCCCCUCCCCCUCUAGCAACGCUUAAUGAACUUGCUAAACAGUCAGACAUCCGGAACUCGUUCCAGGAGUCUCAUUUCUCGUCCGCAAUGGCAGCUUGUGGCGUACUCCCCCCUGGCGAAACUCCACCUCUCCGUUGCUCUGUAGGAGGUCUGCAGGCGGCAAUCCAGCCAACGACUAGAAACCUCUCGAUAGCAGAUCCCCCAAGUCCACCAAAGAUUCUGUCGAUCAAGGACCUCGAUGACGUCUCUGAGGACCUAGACCUGGACACUGGCAAAAUCCGAUUCACGACCUUCUACAUCGUCGACGAGGAUGCAUUUGCCUUUUUCGGCACCGUCUCCAAGCCCAGCAAGGACAUCACUGUACAAGACAUCAACUCCGCACUGGCGCGUAUCCCAGACGAGCAGAUCUAUCCUUCGAUACCUACAGACUCUACCCUGACAGUUGCUCCGGGUCUGAUCGUGGACGAGGUGGACAAAUUCUACACCAAAAGGCCCAAUUUUGGGAUUUACGAUCGGGUUCAAGACUCAGACUACCUCUCCGAGCUUCUCUAUCGCGAGGCUUGCAUCAUGGAGGCCGUCGCUAAGCACCCUCACCCCAAUAUUGUUGGAUAUCACGGCGUGCGUGUGCGGCGUGGGCGGAUCACCGGCAUUAUUCUGGACAGGCACAAGGAUACCCUUCUGAACCGUAUCCGCGAAGGACGAGCAAUCAACAAGGGUGCUUUCACACAAGCCCUCGCGUCAGCAGUUGCCUACCUGCACUCGAUCGGUCUCGCCCACAACGACAUCAAUCCGGAGAAUGUUAUGGUGAAUGAGCAAGAUAUGCCGAUUCUUAUUGACUUCGGGUCUUGCCAGCCCCCUCGGAAGCGCCUACUUACCUCUGGCACCGUGGGAUGGACAUGGGACACUUUCCUCCACUCUGACCAGAGAAACGAUCUGUUCGCACUGGGCAAAAUUGCGUGCUGGUUGAAGAAUCCCACGUUUUAGGAGACCGAGGCGUACCUGGGUAGGACCGCUGUUCGUCGAGCAGUGAAUGUUUUUCUAAACUCAAAUUGUUACUGUCUUAAUCUAUGAAUCAGAGUGUGCUUCAG